UGACACGCACUGCGCAUGUCCGCACCCCAAACCCAGGCACUCCUCCAUCACUUUCGCGGUGACGUCACUGAGCCGGCCGCCCCGAAUCGUCUCGGUGUAGCAUCACGGUAUCGCCGGUAGGUGUCGCCUCCACUUCUCCGCUACCUAAAUCAUCUUCUCCCCUGUUUAUCGCUCACCCUUAAAAACAAACAAUAAGAAAGGUAGAAGGAGAAAGUGAAGCGCACCGAGGGGCUCCUGUGUGCGGCUUUUGGUCCUGUCGGUAACGCGGAUGUAUUAUUCCCGGGACCUCAGGAUUACCGCCUCCUGGGACCUGCCGGGAUUCUAACCUGAUUUCUCGGGGCCACCCCAUCCUUAGCGCUUCUCCAGCGGAAACAUGGAAAAAAGAAACUUUCCUUUACUUGGAACCGAAAGCACGGUGCUACUUGUCUUAUCAUUUCUUGCCGAUUAAAGAGACGGACCUUAGUCUCCCCCGUGUGCCUAGUGCUUGAUUUCCCUUUUCUUUUAUUUCCCCCUCCCCUUCCUCCUCACUGUCUUAAUCUGUCUGAUCUCUCUCUCUCUCCGCUCCUCAGUCUCUCCCUCCUCCUCCUCACCACCAAUAACAAAAAUAACAAUACCCACCAUCACAGCGAUACAGCCUUGCGGGGACAGCAAUGGAGUUCUCAGAAAGAAAGAGAAGCAGGAAAUCCCAGAGCUUUAAACUGGUGAAUCAAGAUUACCAGCAUCACUAUGUCAGUGACACCAACGGGGGGUCCAGAGACACGCAGUAUUCCUCAGGUGAUGAAAGCCUGGAGAUUAAGAAGCAGAUCACAGGGAUGAGGCGGCUGUUAAAUGACAGCACGGGGCGGAUUUACCAGCGUGUUGGCAAAGAGGGAGAUCAGCUCAAAGAGGAACGACAAGAUCUGGAUAUAAGCUGGGCUGAGGGUUUGAGCAUCCCAAGUGCAGCCGAGGAGCCAAUUCAACCGUCCCAGAGUUCAUGGAGUGAGGUCCCAAUUCCGACCCCAGACUAUACCGGCCAAUAUGGUACCCGCUCUAAAACUGUGCAGAAUCAUGUGAAAAAUACAGGAUCUAAUGGUGGAUUGAAGAUGGGGAAUUCUCUGUCAUCGUCGAAGUGCUGUACGUGUAACUGCCAGCCCACACUGCAGGCCAUCCUUCAGGAGCUGAAAGCCAUGAGGAAGUUUAUGCAAGUUCAAGCAGUUGCCCAAAGCAGACAGCAGAUUCCUCCGUCGUGUGCUUGCUCCCAAAAGACAAUCGCAUCAAGGAAAAGAAUUACAAAGAAAAAAGUCCUUCCAAAGACUUUGUCUUCAUCUCCUCUAAACAGUACCCACAGCAUACCUGAAAAGGAACACAGAGAUCACAGGCCUGCUUUACUUCCGGAGCGCUCCGGACUCUCAGAAAUAGAACAUGUCAAGAAAGAGGAGGAUCACGUCCUAGGAUUUGGUAUCGUUGUCAAUUCAUCAUCCUCCGAUCCAGAAGUACAGCUGGCAGAAGGAUUUGAUGUGUUCAUGCCAAAAUCCCAGCUGGACUCUAUCCUAUCAAAUUAUAAAAGGUCAGGAAGCCUACUCUUCAGGAAACUGGUGUGUGCUUUCUUUGAUGACAAAACAUUAGCAACCUCACUUCCGAAUGGCAAACGGAAGCGUGGACUCAACGACAACCGGCAAGGAUUGGACCAAAAUAUUGUGGGAGCAAUAAAAGUUUUCACAGAGAAAUAUUGCACUGCUAACAACGUGGAAAAGGUCCCUGGCCCACGACACUGGGUGCAGAUUCUCCAGGAUCAAAUCAAACUUGCCCGGAGGAGAUUAAAAAGAGGUUGCGAUUUAGGACGGAGCUCUCAAGUGAUCUGACAAAGGACACUGGGAAAUUAACGUCAAGGUAAUCAUCUUCAAACUACUGAUGAUGACAUGUGGCUUCAUCCUCAAAGUGAAUUUUAACCAUAUUACCUGGAAAACAUCUGGACAGAAGACAUUAAGCCAGCAAUGUUGUGUGUCCAUUUAUAUGACUACAAUUCAUAUCAUGUUCUGCAUUGUUUAUUUUUUAUUACCUACCAGAAGUCAGCUUGAAAAAGUAACACAGCGU